GGCCUCGCAGGUGCCUGCCUCUCCAGGGGACCUGUCACCGCGCUGUCAGCGGAGUCCUCCCUCCCAGGGAUGGCCUCGCGCCCCUCAGGCCUCCGGCCCGCACACCUGCCACCGGCCUCCUCUUAACGCCUGUGGCCUCUCCCCCGGGCCCGGGCCUCGGCCGCCAGCCCCCGGGGAGCCAGGGCAGCCGCCGGACCGGCCCCUGCGGGUGCAGGGCCUCGGGAGGAUUCCCUCCGGGUUUGGUUUGGACGCGGCUGAAGAGGGGGUGGGCCUGCUCCUUGGCCAAUGAGCUGGGCCCGCCGCUGCCGCGUCUGGCGGCACCUCUGCCCGGGACCGGCCCGCCCCGCCCCGGGCACCGGCAGGUGUGCGGCCCGGCCGGCCCGCGUCCGGGCGCCGAGUGGGCACAGCGGGCGGGAGGGCCCCGGAUGCCCACCUCAGGCUCGGAGAAGCCUUGACCUUGAAGAUGGUGAGUAGCCAGCCAAAGUACGAUCUAAUACGGGAGGUAGGCCGAGGUAGUUACGGUGUUGUGUAUGAAGCAGUCAUCAGAAAGACCUCUGCACGCGUGGCAGUGAAGAAAAUUCGAUGCCAUGCUCCUGAGAAUGUUGAACUAGCCCUGCGAGAGUUCUGGGCCCUAAGCAGUAUCAAGAGCCAACAUCCAAAUGUGAUUCACUUGGAGGAAUGCAUUCUACAAAAAGAUGGGAUGGUGCAAAAGAUGUCCCAUGGCUCUAAUUCUUCCCUCUAUUUACAGCUCGUAGAGACUUCAUUAAAAGGAGAAAUUGCCUUUGAUCCCAGAAGCGCCUAUUACUUGUGGUUUGUAAUGGAUUUUUGUGAUGGAGGAGAUAUGAAUGAGUAUCUGUUGUCCAGGAAACCCAAUCGUAAAACUAACACCAGCUUCAUGCUUCAGCUGAGCAGUGCCCUGGCUUUCUUACAUAAAAACCAGAUCAUCCAUCGAGAUCUUAAACCUGAUAACAUCUUGAUUUCUCAAAGCAGGUUGGAUACCAGUGACUUGGAACCCACACUGAAAGUGGCUGAUUUCGGUCUAAGUAAAGUGUGUUCAGCCUCUGGGCAGAACCCAGAAGAACCUGUCAGUGUAAACAAGUGUUUCCUUUCCACAGCCUGCGGAACAGAUUUCUACAUGGCUCCUGAAGUCUGGGAGGGACAUUACACAGCCAAAGCUGACAUCUUUGCUCUGGGGAUUAUCAUCUGGGCCAUGCUGGAGAGGAUCACAUUCAUAGACACAGAGACAAAGAAGGAACUCUUGGGGAGUUAUGUGAAACAAGGAACUGAGAUUGUGCCUGUUGGGGAGGCGCUUCUGGAAAAUCCCAAAAUGGAACUUCUUAUUCCUGUGAAGAAAAAGUCUAUGAAUGGGCGAAUGAAACAACUGAUUAAGGAAAUGCUGGCUGCAAACCCUCAGGAUCGUCCAGAUGCUUUUGAACUAGAACUCAGAUUAGUACAAAUUGCAUUUAAAGAUAGCAGCUGGGAAACGUGACACAUACACUAUUUGCAAAUAUCUUGGAUGAUAUGCUGCUUCUGUUUUCACAGUAAUGCAACAUAAUGUGGUUGAAAAAGAAUAUAAAAAGCUGAACCUCACCUUCUAAGGGUAAAAAUUAAUUGUGGGAUUUCUUUUCCUCAUUUUUCUUAAGUCUGAGCUGGCCACUUUGUUAGUAUGUUUUAAAUGUAUUACCAAUGUAGGUGUAAAUUUUUUUUUAAAGAUCAUUGGUAGAAGUUUGGCAGGAAAAUUCUCUUAAGAGCCAAGAAGAAAAGAGAAUCCAGUUUUCUGGAAAUAUGUCUCUAAGUAUUUUAGACAUUCCUUGUCAGUAUUAGCAAUUUCCAUGGAAGAAGAGGUUUGCGUGCUGGUAAUGCAACCUUUGAAGCUUUGUAAAGGAAGCAUAUAUGUAUAUAUUUAUGUAUAUGUAAGUAUGUGAAUGUGUGCAUUUUGCAUUCCAUAUGAAGAAAAUGCCACUUCUGUUUAAAUUAUUUGAUGUAGGUUUGGGUUUUUGAGAUUUGCUGGUGAAAUCAGUGAUGAAAAAUAAAAUAAUCUUCCUUCAUCUUCCUACCCUAUCUCUCCCUCUAAUGAAAUCAUCCUAAGUUCUUUAUUUUUAUAAUUAUACAGGUUUUUUUUAAAGGCAUCACUUUGGAGGGCCUACAAAAAUCUGAUUAAACCUAAGUGAAAUUAAAUGAUCAAAGCUGCCGAAUAUGUUUGAGCUCUCCAGUGUCCUGUAGCUGCAGCAGUAGAACUAGCCAUGCAGUGUGUGGUAGCAGGUUGGCAAGGAUAUUGAUGAUUCAGUCAUACCUUCUUUGGGUAACCAAGCAUUAAAAUUAUCAAUUAAACCUCUGCAUUGGGACAUGUUUGCACUUGAGCAUCUGCAAUCUGAACACAGGAUUCUUCUAUUUAUAAAAUCAUUGCUAUAUAUAUGUACAAUAGUACUUGAUACAUUACUUUUUAUUUCAAGAAUUUGUCUAAGCCUCAGCAUAAAAUUGAAGAAACCAAAUGAGCUCUAUCCUCACUUUACCUACCCUGAAUCGUCUCUUGUUUCAUCACUGGAAUUCCUUUCAUUUUUGUAUUAAUACUGUUUUCUUUUCUAAUUUGACACAGUAAUGGUAAUGAUAUAGUUAUAUUAAAUGUUGAUCACCUUUUUCUAACCGAGAUGAUACCUAUAUAGUUUGGCAAAUGGAUAAUAUAUUGUGACAUCAACUAUAUCUUUCAAGUAGAAAAGUUAUAGAUUUUAUACAAUCAUUGGUAUGGUCUAUGUCAAAAACCAGUAGACCAUUAUUCCUCUUGAAGUCAAUUUGAUUUUAACUGUACAUGGUUGUCUCCAGUUUUCCUGUAAAAGCAGAUAGUUAAUAUCUAAGGAAAGAACGUUUUCCUAAGCCAGAACAUUAGCCUUUAAGGUUAGAGACCUUAAGACCGUAUCUAGGUUGAUCUUCAUAAAGCACUAGAACCUUUGGUCAAAAGUAUUUUUAAAAGUUAGAAUAUUGAAAUAAUUGAUAGUUUGUGUUGUCUCUUCAGAUGUUCCUUUUGAACUUCCACAACUUCUGGAAUAUUGCUAUCAUAACUUUCUUAUUUAAAAUUUGUUCAGGGGACUAUAAAAG